AUGUACGAUAACCGCCAUCACGUGAUUGAUUUAGUUGGUAACACUCCUCUAGUGGAGUUGAGCAAGCUGCCCAAGGCCCUUGGCAUUAAGCCUCAGGUGUAUGCCAAGCUAGAGCUGUACAACCCAGGCGGGUCCAUCAAGGACCGGAUUGCCAAGACCAUGAUUGAGCGCGCAGAAGAGAGUGGCAUCAUCCACCCAUCGCGCUCGACGCUGAUCGAGCCAACGUCGGGCAACACUGGUAUCGGUUUGGCGCUGAUCGGGGCCAUCAAGGGCUACCGCACGAUCAUCACUCUGCCAGAGAAGAUGUCGAACGAGAAGGUCUCCGUGUUGAAGGCGUUGGGUGCGGAGAUCAUUCGUACGCCCACUGCCGCGGCAUGGGAUUCGCCCGAGUCUCACAUCGGUGUGGCGCGCAAGCUCGAGAAGGAGAUUCCCGGCGCCAUCAUUCUGGACCAGUACAACAACGAGAUGAACCCAUACGCCCACUACUUCGGCACGGGCAGGGAAAUCCACCACCAGCUGCGUAACUUAGGCAAGUUCGACCAGCUGCACGGCUUGGUGGCCGGCGCUGGUACCGGUGGUACCAUCUCCGGUACCGCCAAGUACCUGAAGGAGCAGAAGCCGGACGUGAAGGUCGUCGGCGCUGACCCAAUGGGUUCCAUCCUUGCUCAGCCUGCUUCGUUGAACGACACCGACAUCAGCGAGUACAAGGUCGAGGGUAUUGGUUACGAUUUCAUUCCUGAAGUCCUAGACCGGUCUUUGGUCGACCAAUGGAUUAAGACGGAGGACAAGGCCUCCUUCAAGUACGCCCGUCAGUUGAUCUCCAACGAGGGAACCCUUGUGGGCGGCUCUUCUGGCUCUGCAUUUGCGGCGCUUGUGGAGUACUGCAACGCGCACCCCGAACUCACCGAGGAUGACGUGCUUGUUGUCAUUUUCCCAGACUCUAUCCGCUCUUACUUGACCAAGUUUGUGGACAACGAGUGGUUGAAGAGCAACAACUUGUGGGAUGACGAGAUUGUGGCCCCUCUAGCCAAGAACGAAGAGGACGCCUUCAAUGGCGCCACCGUCAAGGACUUGCAGCUCAGACCAGUCGUGGCUGUCAGUGAGACUGCUGCUGUGUCGGAAGUGGUCAAGAUUUUGAAGGACAACGGCUUCGACCAGCUGCCAGUGUUGGCUGAAAACAGCAAGAAGCUUGUGGGUCUGGUGACUCUCUCCCAGCUUCUAAAGAAGCUGUCUUCUGGGGCAGAGGUCUCUAGCAUCAAGAGCCUAUUCCUCGACUUCAGAAAGCUAAACAACUUCGAUGACAUCUCCUCGUACAAUGACAACAAAACAGGAAAGAAGAAGUUCGUCACCUUUACCGUGGACUCCAAACUAUCUGAGUUGAACCGCUUCUUUGAGAAGAACUCUUCCGCCAUUAUCACGGACGGUUUUACUCCAGUGCAUGUGGUCACCAAGGUGGACUUGCUCUCCUACCUAGCCUAA